AGGACACUUCACUGCACAGCUGCGUAGGAAACAAGCACCAAACACCACUUCACCCAGAGAGCUCGGAGGUGGCAGUUACAUAAACAAAGAAUUUAUAUAAAAGAUUUAAAAAAAAAAAUGCAUUCAGUCACCCUGGACGGCAGCGGCUCUCCGAGGAAGCGGGCUCUUUCUCGGGGAAUGAGCGAGGAUGAGUCUCUGCGCAACAUCAUAAAGGAGUCCGACAGCUCAUCCAGGCGGCUCACACGAAGCGACAGCCGGGCAGGCACCCUGAAGAAGAGGAGCGACAGCCAGCAGUCUGACCAGGACCUCUUCAUGGGACUCCCAGAAAUGCUGGAGCUGCAGGCCAGCUAUGACGAAGCAGUGCAGGAGCUGCGUGGGCUGGAGGUUGAGCGAGAGGCUCUGUUGUUCCAGGUGGACGUCCUGCAGGACACACUGGAGGGUGUAGAGGAGCUGCUGGCUGAGGCCCAGAGAGAAGCUGGACAGGCUAGUAUGGAGUUGGGGCGAGAGAGGGAGGCCAAGAAGAAACUGGAGAGCCUGGUGCGCUCUUUAACGCAAGAGGUGGAGAGAUUAAAAGAGGAAAGGGAUACCAAAUCAUCUGUUUCCGUGAACACUCAUGAGAGCGUGGACGAGGAAACGAGACAAGGACACAAAAUGAAAAAUGAUGCCAAGGAAAUGAUUCAGGCUGCAGCAAGAGCAGAAAAGGACCCCUCCAGCAGCAGAGCGGGGCUAUCAUCGGAGCACGUUGGACAGGAUGAAGGGGCAGAGGAUGAGGGGAGCGUCCUGGUGAAGCUGCGAAAGAUGGUCAGUAAGCCCCUCAGUCACACACCCUCCCUCGCACUGGACAACCCAGGCUCUGAAGACGGGGUCCUGCGGAGGCCUUACAGUGACAGCAAUGAGGAUGGACGAGAUCCUUCUCCGGACAGCAACGACUCAGACAGCAUAAGUGCCUACGAAGACGCAUCUGCGGAGACUCCAGAGCAGGACCAGAUCUUCCCAGGUGAUGCAGAUAGUCUGGAGCUGCCUGAUGACUCGGUGACUAAAGAGGGAAGUCUGAGUAACAACUCUGGGGAGCUCCAAGACCCCAAAAACCCUGAGCUCUGCGUUGUGUCUUAACUUUAUCUGUUUUAUCUAAUACUGGGCAACGGGUCACAAAUAGUUCUGAUUAUCUGAUUAUAAUUCAGUUCAAACACCUUUUUGAUAUUUACCUACUGAGGAAACUUUGAGGCCAAUAUUUACAUUCAGAGUUUAAAAACACUGUAGUUUCACAACGAAAAAACUCAGGAUCCGGGUGGUUUACUAGCUGCAGUUCCACUCAUGAUGACUUAAUAUAAUUUGCCAAUAAGUAAAUAAAUUCCUUUUUUAAUAUGUCUUAACUUUUUUUUUUUUUUCUUACGUGGAGAGACAUGUAAAAUACUCCAUGCUGCUUUGACUGUUUACCUGUUUGGUAAUCUUUUAAGAAGGUUAGUUUGUUUUACGGAACAGCUGCCAGGUCACACAACAGAAUUUACAUGUAUACAAAAUACAGUGAGCUCCACAAGUAUUUGAACAGGGACAAUUGCUGUCUCCUACUACACAUGAGAAACACAGGAGCUUAGAAAAGUGGACUUUAAAUUUCAGACACUUACAGCGUGUUACACCAAGCUGUAAUAUGUUUGUCUCAUAUACCUGGAAAAAUAAGAUCAAAUUGAAAUUAUCUGCAUUUAAAGUCCUCAGUUGCCAAGCUCACUCCAAAGGUCAUGUUUAACAUUGGAGAUUGAUUUUUGAAACGCUGUUAUCAGAUGUUAGUAAUCAAUGGCUGUUGUUACUAAGGUCAUAGGAUAGGGAUUUUUCAGAAAGGGAAAACGCCUCACUGAUCUUCACAAGAACAGAUAUUUUUUUAUCUUUCAUUUGCUCCUUUUUCCUUUUUUUUAAUUUCAAGGCUUUAGAACAAUUGAUUUGGCUGCAUUUGCACUUUUUAAAGUUCUUGUAUUGUGGCAUAAAUUUGUCAGAUUACAUUAGAAACAACAUUCCCUUUACAACCAAACCUGUCAGCGAGAAAUAAUCCGCUGACCAGCUGCGGGCUGUUUUCUCCCUGCCUGCAUGAUACUACUGUAUGUUUGCACAUUUGCAGUGGAUCUCGCUGAAAUUAGUCUCUUUGGAUGUCUUUGAUUGCUGUACACACUUUAUAUUUAAUCAUAGCGAAUUGCAAUUUUUUAUGUUACUUUUUUACAAAGUUCCAAUUUUUUUAUGCUUGAGACAAGGAUAGACCUGUUCACAUCAUUUGUUAUUGACAGUUUGCAUGAGCACCUAAGAAUGUAUAUUGAUUUCCAUACUGCAUAUGAAUUGACCUGUCAUUUUUAGUACUCUUGCACGUGGUACUUUCACACAUAUCAAAUAAUUCUUGAUCUACAUUAUUUACUGCAAGAAUUUGUGUUUUUAAAGGGAUUAUCAAAAUCAUUCUUGUCUGUAGAUCAUGCAUUUUUCUGUUAUUCCUUGUUUUGUUUUGUUUUGUUUUAAUAGGUGGACCUUCUUACACUGAUCUUUAAAAAAAAUAAUAAAGUCCCAAUAACUAUUUUGUAUGCAAAUGUUUGCAGUUGUUGCAUUUAGGUGCAUCUCAUUUUGUGGGUUUAUGCCAACAUUUUGAAUUUUGUUUGUCUCAUUUGUGUUUUGUAUCUCUUUGCUCAGUCUGAUCUCAACAUAGCGCUGGUUCAUAUGCCAAUACUUGAUUAUCUGAUGUGCUGUCUGCCUUGAUGCACAGAGCAUCACAGAAUCAAACAGCUCAGAUGACUGUUCUAUGCGGUUUUUCAACGUGAGUUGAUAGAUUUCUGCUACUGUCACACACAGGUGCCGUAAUGGUGGCAUUGUGGUUGGUUCUUGAACAAUCGGGUCAUUUGUAACCAAUACAUCUGACAUUUUUGAUUAAAUAUCCACAAUUAGUGCUUGUUUAUGUUAUUGUCAUCAACAAUUCAUUUUCUUUUCCUAUUCAUUUCCUGCGAUAUUGAGGGAUUUGGUUUGUUUUGAGUCAGUUAGGUUAUAUCACUCCUGAGUUCUAAUGUUAAACUGAUCAAACAUCAUGUUUCAAAGGUUUUUCAUUUUACAAUCUGCAGGGAAAUUAACUUCCCUGACACCGGAACAGUUUGGCAUUUUGAGCAUACCGGAGUGACUUUUUGAUAGUUUAUCAUGUAAUCAAAUCGUUUUCACAUGACAAUGCAAAAAAUGUGUCCUUGCUGUAAUGUCUUGAAUGGGUCUAAAUAUUUUUGACUUGUCUUAAACUUUGAAUGAAAUGUUCAGACAGUGACAGUAAAUGACGUAAAUUUAUACUUGUGACUGAAAAUACAUUCCAGAGAUAUCACAAUAAAUGGACUAAAUAAAGCUGAUGUUGAUUGGU